AUGAGCGCACGGGAUGCUUCUACCAGGGACGCCAAGAUACCCACACCACGACGGGCAGGCCGACACGAUCCACCGACUUUCUUCGUGCCAUCCACCUCCGCAUCCGCACCCGCAUCCGCCGCCACUCCCGACAAUGCUGGACCACCGCACCCCGCUGCGCCGGCGGGCAACGACCACCGACCCACAUUGAACGCAAAGGAAGCGUCUUCGCGCAGUCUCGGUCUUCGGCUGACGCGCACGCACUCGCGCAAGGACCUGUACGAUGCCGAUGCCGGCAGCGUCGACGGCGAGUUUGGCGCCUACGGCCACGCGUCCGAGGACCAGGCCCACGCCGGUGCGGCGCCGGUGCGCAGGAUGCAUUCGCGGUCGAAGUCGAAGACGCAGAGGCACGAGACGGUGCUCGAACGCAUCGGCGACCUCGAAAGGGACGACGUCGAGCUGGGCGCCCACGAGGCCAGGCAGCUCGCAGAGGUGCGCGCUGGAGGGACGGGCGAGGACGAGAUGGACCACGAGCGGCGACGACGCAACCGGCUGCGCAAGCAGACGGGCAACGCGGCGCUGCACACCGUCUUUGACGCCGACGGCGGCGAGGCGUGGUACACGCGCUUCGGGCACAACCUCGUCCGGCCGUUUAUCCUGCUGACGACGCAGCCCAUCAUCCAGGUGUUUUCCGUCUUUAUGAUGAUUCUGUACGGGUGCAUGUACAUCCUGCUCACCGUGUUUCCGCUGGUUUUCGAGGAGACGUACGGCGAGCGGCCGGGCGUGGCGUCGCUCAACUACAUUUCGCUCGCCAUCGGCUUCACGGUGGGCGGGCAGGUGGGCGGGCGCGUCGUCGACCGCGUCUACCGGCGGCUGCGCGACGGGCGGGGCGGCGGCGUGGGCCAGCCCGAGUACAAGCUGCCGCUGCUGAUGGUGUCGUCGCUGCUGCUGCCCGUCGGGCUCGUCGUCUACGGCUGGACGGCCGAGCGGCGCGUGCACUGGAUCGUGCCCAACCUGGGCGCCGUCGUGUUUAGCGCCGGGCUGAUGGCGUCGUUUCUCGUGUCGCAGAGCUAUCUGGUCGACGUGAUGCCCCUCUACGCCGCCAGCGCCCUCGCCGCCGCCGUGUUUUUGCGCAGCCUGGGCGGGUUCGGCUUCCCGCUGUUUGCGCCCGUCAUGUACGACAAGCUCGGCCAGGGUUGGGGGAACUCGGUGCUGGCGCUCAUCUCUGCCAUUGUGGGGAUUCCGGCGCCGUGGCUGCUGUGGCGGUACGGGCCGUACCUGCGGUCCAAGAGCCAGUACGCGUCCAAGCAAAAGGCGGGCAACGCCCUGUCGUGA